AUGGGCAAACGAGGCGGCAAAAAAGGCGGUGGCCGUGGCGGCGGGGUGCGCAAACCCUCGGCCUACCAAGAUAUUCCCAAGACCAACGAGAAGCUCGAGCGCUACUACAAUGAGCCGGGCAUUAUUCCGGAGGAGGACCGGGAGGAAUUCUGGACUACCAUGCGAAGAGAUCUCCCUAACAGCUUCCGCUUUACGGGCUCGCGAGGACAUGCGCUCGCUGUUCAGCAGCGUCUCAAGGAUUUCUAUAUUCCCAAGAUCACCUCGAUCCAGUACGAGGGCGAGUUCGUCGAGCCGCCGCGCCCAGUCUCUUGGUACCCGGACCAGCUCGCGUGGUCGAUGACCACCCCGAAGAAUGUGGUGAGACGGUUCGCGCCCUUUUCCGCUUUCCAGAAGUUCCUUGUCGCCGAGACGGAUGUCGGGAACAUCAGCCGCCAGGAGGUUGUCAGUAUGAUUCCUCCGCUGCUCAUCGAUGUGCGGCCUGGGAUGACGGUGUUGGACAUGUGCGCUGCACCGGGAAGCAAGUCCGCGCAGCUCAUGGAAAUGAUUCAUGCUGGUGAGGAGGAGUCUAUCUUGCAGGUCCGGGAGCAGGUGGAAAGCGGCAAUGCGGGUCCGGAGCCCUUGGGCCCGGAGGGACUGAAUGAUGACGGCCGCAGCACUGGGCUGUUGAUCGCCAAUGACAGUGACAACAAGCGGGCUCAUAUGCUGAUCCACCAGUUGAAGCGACUGAGCUCGGCGAACCUGAUUGUCACGAACCACGAUGCUACGAUGUAUCCGUCCAUCAGGCUGCCGCAGCUGCCUGCGGAGGAUGGAAAUAAGCAGAAGACCAGAUACUUGAAGUUUGAUCGCAUUCUGGCUGAUGUUCCUUGCUCUGGAGACGGUACUGCUCGGAAGAAUAUCAGUGUCUGGAAGGAGUGGAACCCCGCCAACGCCCUGGGAUUAUACGCCACCCAGGCUCGGAUUCUGGUUCGCGCCCUGCAAAUGCUCAAGGUUGGCGGUCGGGUUGUCUACUCUACGUGUAGUAUGAACCCCGUCGAGAACGAGGCUGUGGUCGCCAGUGCAAUUGAGCGCUGCGGCGGUGCUGCCAAUGUCAAAAUCAUCGACUGCAGCCAGGAGCUGCCCGGUUUGAAGCGGGCUUCUGGCCUGCGGAAUUGGAAGGUGAUGGACCGUGAGGGUCGUAUCUGGAACAGCUGGAAAGAGGUUGAGGGGCACAGAGAGAAGGAAGGCAUUGAGGGCUUGGGAAGACUCGCCGAGGGCAUGUUCACACCCACGGGAGAGACGGCUGACCUGCCGCUCGACCGGUGCAUCCGGAUCUACCCUCACAUGCAGGAUACCGGUGGAUUCUUCAUCACGGUUCUCGAGAAGACCUCCGAGAUCAAGGCCAAGUCGGAGAACAGCAAUGUCAUCCCGAAGGCAUCCGUGGCGGCUCUCGCUGCUGAGCUUGACAGGAACAAAAACGGGCAUGGACAGCCUCUGGAGAAACUACAGGCACUGGAUGAGCUUGUUGUUCCCGAUGAGGAAGCCCAGGAAGAAGCCUCGAAGAACGCAACUGUCGCGGAGUCCUCUCACGGGCUCCCAUACUCCGCGACCCUUGACGCUUCUACUACUGUUGCCCCAGCGAAGCGGGUGGGAGAGGACGACCUUGAAGAUGAACUCCCGGCUAAGAAAACCAGACUUGAUGACGGCACAGAGGUUUUGAUUGGAGAUCGCCCCGUUCAUCGCCCCUCGUUUACAGUUGAGACUGAGCACGUCGAUACGCCUGGGGACUCGACGCCCACUGUUACUGCAACCGCUGCGACAGCAUCGACAGAGAAACCCCUGAAGAAGAGAGGCCCCCAGCAGGAGGAGCCGUUCAAGUAUCUCGACCCCAACCAUGAGGUGCUUCUUCCCAUCUACGAGUUCUAUCAAUUAUCAGAAAGGUUCCCCCGAGACCGCUUCAUGGUCCGCAACGCCCAAGGAAUUCCGACGAAGACGGUGUACUACACCAGUGCCUUGGCGCGCGAUAUUCUUACACACAAUGAGCGCCAGGGCAUGAAGUUCGUGCAUUGCGGCGUGAAAAUGUUUGUGAAGCAAGACGCACAGCGGGAGAAUGUGUGCCGGUGGCGCAUCCAGACAGACGGGCUGCGCAUCAUUGAGGCUUCGCUGGGCCCCGCCCGAACCAUCACGCUGACCAAGAAGCCUACUCUGCACCGGCUGCUCGUGGAGAUGUUCCCGAAGGUGGACGACGAGGGCUGGAGGGCUCUCGGUGAGAUCGGUGAGCAGGUGAAGGAUAUUCCCAUGGGAUGCAGCAUUCUGCGCAUUGAAGCCAGCGACGCCGAGGAUGGCAUCAGUGAGCGGAUGGUGUUGCCCCUGUGGCGGUCUCUGCACUCGUUGAACCUCAUGUUACCCAAAGAGGAGCGUCGGGCCAUGCUGUUGCGUCUUUUCAACGACGACACGCCACUCAUCAAUUCCACGCUGAAGAAGAACGGUGCGGGCGACAUCUCGACCCCAGACCCGUCGGCGGUUGAGACUCCCACUCUUGAGCCGGCCGUCGAAGCCGAGGACGUCGCGAUGAUGCAUGAGAACGUCCAGCUGGGCGAGGAUGAGCAGGAGCAAGUUGACACGCGGGAGACGUGGACGAAGGCAGGCGACGAAGAGGACCGUUUCAACACAACAGUCUAG